UUACAUAUACACCCCCGCAAAACAUUUAUACCACUGAAUUAAUCUGUCAAAAGUUGUGCAUGUAGGCACACUCAUUACCAACACAGUUAUAAAUAUGAACCAAGUUCAACAUCUGUUUGUCAAUCAUAGUCUUAAGUUAUUAAAUGUUUUAUUCCAGUUACAGUGAGUUGAACUAUACGAUCACAAUGCAGUUGUAAUACUGCAGAUAUUAGAUACACAUUCAUACACCGUUUGAUUGUUAAUGGGCUUGUUAGAUCAUAUCUGCUGUGAUUCAUUAGAACCCAAACAGAAAGUGGGGAGGCUGAGACUGGUCAGAAUGACAGGCGUCACUGCAGAACAGUGAAAAUGACUACACGGGGCCCAGGGGUGAAGGGAGGACCAUAAGGGGCCAACAUUUGCAUGUACAAUAGAUGGGAAGGAACGGGAAAGCAGAAAGGUCGCAUUUGCACACAACCAAAUAAAUAAAUCAUGUGCAAAAAUGUGUUACACCUGUUGUCUGGAAGCACAACAUCUUCUUUCAUACUGCAACGUCCAACAUCGCAACAACGAUUCACAAAUAACAUGUUGCGCAACGCUAAUGGAGACCUUUAGGUUAAUUUCCCCCCUAAACCCUGUGUGAUCACCUAACGUCUGGCACGUAGUGUGUUUUUAUUCUGUCUUCCCACCAUGUGCAGUAUGCCAUAGUCCCAGCAUCAGCAAAUGAAUAGCCUACACGAUUCUGUUGCGUUUUUGUAACACCCCUCCUCCACUGUUUGGUUUAGGUGGUUCGAGCUUAUUUGCUGUGGCAACGUGACAGAUUUAUUUUGUCCUCGUGUGUGUUCACACAACAAGAAGAAACAAUAUUUGGAUUGGCGAUGGCGUUCGUUUGCAUGCACGUUCGCGUUUUUGAGCUUCAAAUCUGCCCUUUACGGAACACUUGGGAACACGCGGCGCUUUGUCAUUGAAACGCUCGUCAGAUUUCCUCAUCCCUCCGAUACGUCAGGGGAUCCAGCAUCCCGAGACCUCUCUGAGCAUUCUGCUCUCACAUACCCGUUACCUGGGAAUGUUACACGGUGCUACAGCUGCAGCGGGAGUCAAUUACACUGAUUUGCGGUUUAUUCCUUGUGGCCAGGCGUCUGCGUCGCACAGAAACGCGUCUGUCGUCGGAUACUUACGGGCUAUGCACGCGUUUGCCCUUAUCUAACUCUGACCACGAAUCGUUGUCUCGCUCGUGCCCACCGUCUCUUCGUGCGCCAAACCAAUAUGGACAGGCUGCAUUCUUCCAUGCGCAAGCGUCUCUACAGCUUGCCACAUCAAAUCGGACAGAAACCGGAUGAAGUCGACGCGGACGCGCGGAGGAAGAGCGUACGCAUGAAGUCGCUGGCGCCUUCAGUCUCUCCCGAGGCCGCGAGCGGUGAGCCAGACGCGCUCAGCGCGCUCAGAGGCAACGCGAACGGCGACUGCCGGAGGUUCAAAGGCAGCCUGUCGUCCGUCACCAGCCGCCACGGCGCGGACGCCGAAGCGCCCGAGCAGAAGCGCCUUAUCGCCGAAGAAGAAGACGAAGACGGCGCUGGAGGAGACGGAAAUCCAGAGGAAGAUGGGGCGGCCGAGGAGGAGGGCGCGCACGGCGGCGGCUCCGGCGGUGGCGCGGAGAGCCAGCGCGCGGCCUCUGACGAGCACGCGACUUUCAUCAAGUUGGAGGGCAUCGAGCAGCUGGCGCCUGACGACGGCUUCGUGCACCGGCAGCUGGGCGCCAUGCUGCAGCCCGGACUAAACAAGUUUUCUCUCCGAAUGUUUGGCAGCGAGAAGGCGGUGGAGCGCGAGCAGGAGCGAGUCAAGACAGCCGGCUCGUGGAUCAUUCACCCGUACAGCGACUUCAGGUUCUAUUGGGACCUGAUAAUGCUGCUUUUGAUGGUUGGAAAUCUAAUCAUCAUCCCAGUGGGCAUCACUUUUUUUAAAGAUGAACAUACACCAGCAUGGAUUGUUUUCAACGUGGUCUCUGAUACCUUCUUUUUAGUGGACCUUGUUCUAAACUUCCGAACUGGCAUUGUGAAGGAGGACAGCACAGAGAUCAUCCUGGACCCACAGCAGAUAAAGGUGAGGUACCUGCGCAGCUGGUUUGCCGUGGACUUUAUCUCCUCCAUCCCUGUGGAUUACAUCUUCCUCAUUGUUGAAACACGGAUUGACUCAGACUUCUACAAGACAGCCAGAGCUUUGAGGAUUGUUCGCUUUACUAAGAUUCUGAGUUUGCUCAGGUUGCUGCGACUGUCGCGGCUCAUCAGAUACAUUCAUCAGUGGGAGGAGAUUUUCCACAUGACCUAUGACCUGGCUAGCGCUAUGGUGCGUAUAGUGAACCUUAUUGGUAUGAUGUUGUUGCUGUGCCACUGGGACGGCUGUCUGCAGUUCCUUGUGCCCAUGCUUCAGGACUUUCCUGCUGACUGCUGGGUCUCUAUAAACAAAAUGGUGAAUGAUACCUGGGGUCAGCAGUAUUCCUAUGCCCUGUUUAAGGCUAUGAGCCACAUGCUGUGCAUUGGGUAUGGCAUGCACCCACCCGUGGGCAUGACAGAUGUGUGGCUGACCAUCCUCAGCAUGAUUGUGGGUGCCACCUGCUAUGCCAUGUUUGUGGGUCAUGCUACUGCCCUUAUUCAAUCACUAGACUCAUCUCGAAGGCAAUACCAGGAGAAGUAUAAACAAGUGGAGCAGUACAUGUCCUUCCACAAGCUACCUGCUGAUAUGCGCCAGAGGAUCCAUGACUACUAUGAGCACCGUUAUCAGGGCAAGAUGUUUGAUGAAGAGAGCAUCCUUGGAGAGCUGAAUGAGCCACUUCGAGAGGAGAUCAUCAGUUUCAACUGUCGAAAGCUGGUGGCCACUAUGCCCUUGUUUGCUAAUGCAGACCCCAAUUUUGUAACCGCCAUGCUUACCAAGUUACGCUUUGAAGUCUUCCAGCCAGGAGACUAUAUCAUUCGGGAAGGCACUAUAGGAAAGAAAAUGUAUUUCAUCCAACAUGGGGUGCUGACAGUUCUGACCAAGGGCAGUAAAGAGACAAAGCUUUCAGAUGGGUCGUACUUUGGAGAGAUUUGUUUGCUGACUCGGGGCAGAAGAACAGCUAGUGUGAGAGCAGAGACAUAUUGCCGACUGUACUCUCUAUCUGUGGACAACUUUAAUGAAGUGCUGGAAGAAUAUCCAAUGAUGCGUCAGGCUUUUGAGACAGUAGCCCUUGAUCGUCUAGACCGCAUUGGAAAGAAAAAUUCUGUUCUCCAGCACAAAGUGCAGCGAGAUCUCAACUCAGGUGUGCUGAACUUUCAGGAGAAUGAAAUCAUCCAGCAGAUUGUACAGCAUGAUAGGGACAUGGCUCACUUUGCCCACCUAAUGCAGACCCACUCACCAGGUCCUCACACAACCCCAGCUCAUUCUUCUAACACACCAGUUAUCUGGGCUCCUCUCAUCCAGGCUCCACUGCAGGCUGCUGCAGCCACUACCUCUGUGGCCAUUGCACUUACCCGCCACCCACAUCUGCCCCAUACACUUUUCCGGCCUCCGGUACCCAUGUUGGGUUCACUAAAGGAUCCAACAGGACAUUUUAAAAGGUUCCCAGUGGUUUCUGGUGUUACUGGAUUAGGAAGCUCAUCCUCUGGAGCAAGUUCUCAGUUUGGCUCUGAAGUGGAGACGCCUAUUUUGGAUUCACUGAGAGCCAAGUUUUCUGCAACGUCAUCCUCACCUCCUUUGCCGUCUGCCUCCAGUUCGUUGCCAUCUUCCACAACAACCACCAUCACCACCAUCACAUCCAGCAUCAGUGAGGCCACCACGUUCUCGCAAAGACCUCUGAGUACCUGUGGUUCUGGAUUCUCCAGUGUGGCUCAGCUCCAUCCCCAACCUCAGAUUCCACAUGCUUCCUUCUCCAGCUGUACUACUCCAUUGCCUGGCUUCUUCCAACAAGUGUCGGUGGGAAAAGAUUUGGCUAAAUUUGCCAUUCCCUCUGCCUCUACUCUUACUCCUCUGAUAGCCCACUCCAUUAGCCCUAUAUUGACACAACUGCAGUCCACACAACCCAAAACUCCUCAAAUUAGGUGCAAUCAGGAGGUGAGCACACCAGUUAGGACAACCACUCCAUCGCCCUCUACUGGAUCCCCACUUUCUUCUGAAAAUCUUUUACGGCCAAAUGUCCAAUAUUUGCAGACUCCGGAUCAUCAAAGUAGUGAUCAUCUUCUCCAGAUCUCUAAUGAACCAUCUGCUCUGGCUUCACUUGUUCAGUAUGGUUCUAGAAAUGCUUCCCCCUGUAGCACCCCACCAGCCUGGAGCCCUACAUUCCAGAGUCCAGUGGUGCAGAGGAAGCACACACCCAUCAAUAGCAAUCCCUCAAGUACCUCAGGAUCCCAAAGCUCUCUUUUAUCCCCUCAGACCCUUUGUCCUCUGCCUUCCCAAUCACAAGAGAGGGUGGGGUCUCUGGUUGAUCUCACUUCUCAGGACCUCAGCACUAUUUCCAUAUCGCUUCCUUCCCCACGACCCUUUGAGAGACCUAAACUAGUAAGACAAAGCCCACAUGUCCCAGAACAGUCACAUUUGGUAGCAGUGUCUGGGUCCAGCCAUACAUCUUACCCAAUCCCUGUUACUAAACCCUGUAGUUCAAUACCUGGUCAUGUGGCCCUGUCAAGACAGAUUUCCAAAGUGUCCCAAACUCAGACUGGGCCUUCUAGUGAUCCUGGUUCUCAAAGCAGUUCCAUUCCAGGGACGCCAAUCUUACACCCCAAACUCCCAUCAAACUUAUGAGAAUGGAUUAUAGCCCUGUCUAUUGUACAGACCAUGUUUUUAUCAAUGGAGAAUAUAUAUCAAUGAACAUAACUUUUAUUGCUAAGAAGAUUUUGUCUGUUUGUCUACUUGUAUUUAUAACAGUGCAAUGAUUACUUCUCAACUCAUGAUGCCAAAUGAAGGAAUACAUACUGUAGGUGUCUGAUAAUUGAAUGAGAGUGUAAUAUAAUUUGAAUUUGUCUUCCAACUUACUUUAGCAAUUUUGCAAUACUAACAAUGGUGACAUUAUUUAGGGAUAUGCAACAAAUAGCAGUUUCCAAAAAAUACAAAUAUAAAAAUAAACCAAUACAGUAAUAACAAAGUUAAGGGUGAAUUUUGGAAUUAUGCUGGGAAAGAAAUGCAAACAUACUUCUAGCUAAUUAUCAUACCAUUGUGGUGAAAGAACAAUUACUAAAAAUCUCACUUAUCAGGUUUGGGACACAACUACAUGCUUGCACAAACACACACACACGCACAUGCACACAUGCACAUAGCAAUGCUCAUUUUAAGACAUACACUGACCGUUUCACUAGACUGUCCCCUUGUCUAUACUUCCUUGUUAACCAAGGCACAUUGCUCAGUAUCUAUGGCCUUUCCUUUUUUUAACAGCACUGCCUUAGAGCCUGAACAACCAGGGAACAAUCCCCUCACUUCCACUGCAAAAGAGAUAAAGAUAAAGAAUGUAUUGCAAUCAUUUUAUAUGUGCUUUGUAUGUGUACUUGUGCAGUACUUAAGCAAUAAAACUGUACGCUUGGUUUUGUACCUGCACAGAGAUUUUUACAUUGCAGCUUUUUUUCCUUGCAAAGAAAAUAUAUAGGCUCAAAAAGAUGAUUAAUAUGUUAAUGAGAUAUUGUGAUCUAUGUCUAUUUAAUGCCAAAGCUUGUGUUUCCAGAAUUGCAACUGUACGUUUUCAUUGUGAUUGUUUUAAUAUACUGGAAAAUAUUGCAUAAUCCACACACUGUGAUGGACUGGCAUAUCCUGUCCAUGGUGUAUUCCUGAUUUUCCCAGGAUAGGAUUCGAAUCCACUUAUUUCUGCCCAGGAUAAAGUGCUGAUUGAGGAUGAAUGCUGAAUGAUAAUGAUAAAUAAGCAUAUACCACACUUGCAUGGCAUUAAUUCAGUAUCAUUAAUAGUGUUAUCUAUUUGUGAAGAAAAUUGAUUUUUGUCCCAACCGGAGGUUUGAACAAAAACACACAGUAAUAAAGGCUUUUUUGCCAUAAUCAUAGAAUUAUCAAGUGGCCUUCCUUCUGAGCAUUGGUUGUUCUAAUUGAUUAUGCAGACAUGUUGUAAUGCUGAAUGUACUGCACACAGUCUGAAACCUGCAAGACUUGAAAUACUUAAUCUGGGAACGCUAAAAACUCAGUCAUUAAUUAUUACUCCCAGUAGGUUCCAUGUUUAUAUCUUGAAUGAGACUGCAAUGAAUCUGUGAAUUUAUCUGUUUCUGGAAUUACACAUAUUUAUUUGUGCUCUUAUGUUUGUUUGCUCAUCACUGAGAACUCAAAGUUGACUUCACUUUGCAAGUGUUAUGUUGUCAUUGUUUCAUUCUUACAUUUAUUACCUUUUACACUACCUCAAGUCUAAACAUUUUUAUCUAUAUAAUCUACAUGGGGAAAAAGAAAUUUAAGCGUGACACACACAGUCCUAGACACUUAUCUAAUUAUUCUAGCAUCACUUAUCCCUGUUUAUCAAUACUAUAGAGUCAUGUAAGUACUCUGUGUAGAUUAUUAAGUUAUGUGUUUUAUUAUGAGUGAGAGUCUCUGUAUGUGUGCAUGUGGAAUUAUUCAUGAAACAUGCAUUUUUUAUUUGCGACAAAUGUAUAGAGAGCAUUCAUGACUUGCAUUGUUAUUUGGUUUUUUUUGUUGUUGUUGUUGUUGGUUUUAUGUUUCACAUAAAUUUUGACAUUUCAACAUUAUUCUGUAAGGACUAUCAAGAAGGUCAAGUGAAAAAGUUCAUUUUCAUCAAAUCUAAUUCCAAAAUGAUUGUGUCUCUUUUACUUUUCCUUGCCAGCACCAGUUUACAUAUGUAAAUACAUUGAUAAUAAAAUACCCCAAGGUGGAGAUUUUUUUUAAUUGAGCAGUUUCUAAGAAAAACAGAUUAAUUGUAUUAAUAUAUAUGAAUAUAUAAAUGAAUAAGUCUAUAUUGCCUAUAGUGCAAUCUACCUUUUUUUAUUCAUCCUCCCUGGCAUGCUAUCACUCAUUCUUCGAUAAUGUAUGUUAUUGUGAGAUUUUGUCACAUCAUUAAGAAGUAGUAUUCUCUUUCAGAUAUUGGGUUAUAUUGAGGCUUUGGGGUAUGCUUUAAAGAAUCACUUUCUGACACUGCUUCACUAGGGGAUAGAGAUAACAUUGUCCACUUCAUAUACACCACCAAAACAGCACUGGAUCAAUCUUUACCUCCCACUGCAAUGCUUUUCCUGAG